UACAUGGGGUGUGAUGUUGUGUAAGUUUUGCCAUGGAGGCUAACUCCAUGCUUUUGCCAUCGUUGAUGAGGUUAUGAUUAGAGAAGAAGCGCUUUUAUAUUAAGUUACAACUAACUCGGGAAAGAGUUCCAUUACUUGACUUAAGGACACGAUAAGAAAUAGCAGGGACUUCAAAUCAAAAUGUCAGAGUCGGACAAGCCUUCAUUUCCAAAUGCUGAGAGUCGGAAGCUGUGCUGGGCUGCUAGAGAUGACUAUUUCAAGUGCCUUGACAACAGCAAUGAAGACGAGAAGAAAUGUACUCAGAAGAGGCAGGCCUUUGAUGAACACUGCUCGAAGACGUGGGUCAAAUAUUUUCUCCGGAGGAGAGACUUUUUGAAGUACAAGGAUGUGGUUCAGAAAGAAGGUUUUGUCCCCACGGAAGAUGAGAAGAAAACAUAACUGGCCAUGAAAAACCGACUUGUGUGAGGACUCGGAAAUCAAGAGUUGAAGGGUGUUUCUUGUGCUUGAGCUUCAUGUCGGAGUAGUGUCGCCACUGUGCCUCGUAGCAUCAAGCAGAUAUCAUGAGAUGCAAGCAUUUUGUUUGAUUGAAGGCAGAAGAGCUUUAAACAUUUGGAAAUGGCAGAGAGUGCGCUACGAGAUGGCUGGUUAAAAUGGUCUCGGCACAUCGAGAAUGUACUCGUUUUAGCAAAGUGUGACCCUUAUGGGGAAAGCAUGAUUCAUGGUGGAACAGGUGUUACAUUGCGCUAUUUUUAUAAGUGAAUUCCAAAUGUUUAUGUGCUACACAAAAUGAACUACUACCUUUGUGGAACUGACAGUUGCACUUUGUGUCAACUUAACUGAAGCAUGUAACCUGUGAUAAAAAGUUCUUUCUUUGCUUUGCUGAUUUGAGAUGUUUUUAUGACGUUCUGUAGUAAAAUGGGGCAACAAAAUAACUUGCACAAGAGCAUUCUACGUGUGAAUACUCCAACCCUGUGAACUGUAUAAAAUAAGAGGUUUGCACCUUUUAAUUUGAAUUUUGUAAAUGCUCUUUUUUCAAUAAAGUAGUACGUACGAUAAUCAUGUCUCGGCUCGAGGCCGUGGUGUCUUCAGACGUCUGUGGUGAAAACAGGAAAGUGCCCCAGCUCACCGUCUUCUUAUUGUCAAAGAUCGAUAGAGGGAACACUUUGAAGAUUGAGUGAUUGCCCUCAAUCCUACACUUGAAUGGUCACUUGUAGGUCAUUUGAUCUUACACCCUGCAAUCAGUUUAGUUUGGGGCAUUCCAGGACCUUUUUUUUCAAGUCCAAGUCCACAUGGUGUUGCCGAGUUACGGGCCCACUUCUGAACAAAGUCAACGUCUUACACAGUAAAACCAUUAGUGGCGAGACAAGCUGUCCAAGAAAUGCAUUCUCGCUGUAAAAAUGUGUGGACAGGGAAGGUAGACGUUUGAAAGAUGUUGCUGAAAGGAAUAUGUAAAUAUUUAUCUUCUUUAAGCAUAAUCAGAAUAAAUAAUAAUUGCAAAGAA